CGGGGCUCCGACCCAAAGGGCCGUUUGGUUUGAUUUUAUCGAGUGGAUUUUUGUUUGAUUCUUUCAUUUUCGUUUUGAUUUUAUAAUCUCCCUCUCGCCGGAGCCAAAAUGCUCUCUGGGUUUUCUCAGGAACCGGCCGGAAUGUACUCGGCCAUUUCGGCGCUGCCGAUUGACGCCGGCGGUCACGGCAAGUUUCAGGGUUCUCUUGACGGAACGAAUCUUCCCGGCGAUGCUUGUUUGGUUCUCACGUCGGAUCCGAAGCCGCGCCUCCGCUGGACGGCGGAGCUUCAUGAGCGAUUUGUCGACGCCGUCACUCAGCUCGGCGGCCCUGACAAGGCAACCCCGAAAACAAUUAUGAGAACAAUGGGAGUAAAAGGUCUCACGCUUUAUCACUUAAAAUCGCACCUCCAGAAAUAUCGGCUCGGGAAGCAAUCGUUCAAGGAAUCGACCGAGAAUUCAAAGGACGCUUCUUGUAUGGCAGAAAGUCAAGAAACAAGUUCGUCGUUGUCGCCAUCGUCGAGAUUAAUGACACAGGAUCUUAACGACGGUUUCCAAGUCACGGAGGCUUUACGAGUGCAGAUGGAGGUUCAAAGAAGGCUGCACGAGCAGCUCGAGGUACAGCGCCAUCUUCAACUUCGCAUUGAAGCACAAGGCAAAUACUUACAGUCGAUACUCGACCGAGCUUGUCAAGCAUUAAGCGAUCAGACUGCAGCCUCUGCAGGACUCGAAGCUGCCAGAGAAGAGCUCUCCGAACUUGCAAUCAAAGUCUCGAAUGACUCGAAAGAUAUGGCACCAUUGGAGUCACAAAAAGUGCUUCCCUUCUCGGAACUCGCUGCUGCUCUAGAAAACCGAAAAGCUCCUACUGUUAUGGCUCGAAUAGGCGAUUGCUCGAUGGAUAGCUGCCUGACAUCAGCUGGAAGCCCGGUUUCUCCUAUCGGAGUAGGGUCGACUGUCACCGCAAUGAAGAGACCGAGACCAGCUUUCAGUCAUGGAGAUUCAAUGGUGCUCGAGGGCAAUGCUCGGCACGAGGUCGAAUGGAUGAUGAGUAAUAUUGGAUGAAAUGUCCAGUCUUUUUCUUCUUCUAAUCUACAUUUUUUCUUUUAACUGUUUAGUUCAUCCAAAUGUGUUGAAAUCUUUAAUGAAGGAUACAAUAUGUUCUGUGGUUUGUAUAUUCUUUGUAAUCAGACCCCUUUUUGCUGUUUAGUUGACUUUCUAAAAGUCAACGUUUUUUUUUAAAA